AACCUAGCUUCUUCUAGCUCUCACAUCUCAAUCAAAUCAGCUAAAUAAAAAACUUGAAUAAACAAUAAUAAAGCAUAGAAAUGGAGCGCGGUGGAGGAUUCACCGCCGAAGAUCUGUCGACCAUCGGCGGUAUCGCGACGGUGUCGUUGCUGCAUUCCUUCAUUCCGACGCAUUGGCUGCCCUUCUCCAUCGUCGGACGCGCCCAGAAAUGGACUCUUUCCCGUACUCUCAUCGUCACUGCACUUGGUGCGGUUUUGCAUGUUUUAUCAACAUCACUUCUAGGAGUAACAGCCAUCACCAUAUCAAACACAAUUGCCGGAGAGGAAACUGUGCAUAAACUUGCUUCUUUGUUGCUCAUAGUUCUUGGUGGAAGUUAUGCAAUCUUGUUUUUAACUGGAAAGGGGGGAGUUCACAGCCAUUCACACAACCAACCCAUGGAAAAAAUGGCUGUUGCUGGGCUUGUUCUUGUUCCCGCCUUGUCUCCCUGCGCGACCACUCUGCCAGUUUUUCUUGCUGUUGGAAAUUCAUCAACCAUGUUGUUGCUUGCCAUUAUUGUCCUUCUACUCAGCACUAUAACAGUGAUGACCUCGCUAGUUGCUCUCUCGUUUUACGGUGCGAGUCAGCUCAAGUUUCACUGGGUGGAGCGCUACGACAAGCUCCUCGUAGGUUCAGUUCUAUGUUUGGUUGGGAUUUUAACUCUCCUCUUUCACGAUCACGACCACAGUGUAGAAGCGGCCUCUGUUGCAGACAACCUGCACAGAAAAUUAAUUGUUUUAUAGUUUUGCUUGCUAGUUCUGUGAGUUGUUUCUGGUGCUUCUCAUCCAAAAGAAAUGAAUCGGAUUCUAGUGGGACCCGCCGCCGCGUCUUCCUUCUCUCAGCAAUUCUUCAACAGUUUCACUUUUGAUUUUUGGCAAGAAGAAACGGGAGAACUUUGA